UGAAACAUCUGAUGGUAUCCUUGAUGUUACUCUGGCUGCAUAGAAAGCAAUUUAUCUAGAAAUUUCGUCUACGUUAGGCAGCGGUCGUAUUUUGGCUGCUUUUUUUCUACUCUGAAAAUAAUUUGUUGAUGUUGCAAUGAUGUUGAACAUGUGGAAAGUCCGGGAGAUCACUGAAAAAGUGACUAACAUGGUCAUGAACUACACCGAGACUGAAGCCAAAGUCAGAGAAGCUACAAAUGAUGAAGCCUGGGGACCAACAGGUCCGCAAAUGCAAGAGUUGGCCCAAGCCACCUACCACUACGAGCAGUUCCCCGAGGUCAUGGGGAUGCUCUGGAAGCGAAUGCUCCAUGAGAAUCGCAGCGCUUGGCGCAGAACUUACAAGUCCCUCUUGCUGCUGGCGUACCUUGUUCGUAACGGCUCCGAGAGAGUCGUCACAACUGCCCGUGAACACAUUUAUGAUCUCCGAGGCCUUGAGAAUUAUAAAUACAUUGAUGAGCUGGGCAGAGAUCAAGGAAAUAAUGUCCGCAUGAAGGCCAAAGACAUGAUUGAUUUUAUCCAAGAUGAUAACAGAUUAAGAGAAGAAAGAAAAAAGGCCAAGAAGAACAGGGACAAGUACAUAGGAAUGUCGCAGGAUUCUUUUGGGAUGAGAGGAGGAGGAGGGGGUGGUUUUGGGGGAGGUAUGUCAAUGGAUUAUGACUGGGGGGGUGGGGGCGGGUCCAGUGGCAAAGCCAGCUUCCAGGACUCCCCUAGCAACAGCUCCUCGGGCAGCGCAACAGCCAGUAACAGCAGCAACAGCAUCACUGCUGUCAGUAACAGUAGCAUGGCUGUCAGUAACAGCAGCAGUGCUACUGUCAGUGCUGUUGCUGGUAGAAAAAGUGCUAAGCCAACCAGGAUGGUUAGCCUUGGUGCUGCUGCUAGCUACGGUCUCAACCAGAGCAACAACAGCAGCAACGGCACCAGUCAGGACCUAUUAGCAAACAUCAACAACAGCAACAACAACAGCAAUAACAGCAGGAGUGCUGGGGAAGACGAUUUCAACCCCAGGAAGGAGGAAGACUUUGCAGACUUUGGGGGCGGGGGCGGUGGCCCGUGUUCCCUGCCCCUGUUUGGUAGCAACCAAACACAACCAGCAAACACUGACCUCUUUGCCACUGACUUGUUUGCAACCGCACCACCAACCAACAACCUCAUGAUGCAACCACAACCAAGCACAAACAUGAUGCAACACAACCUGGGUUUGGUGCAACCUAACCUUGCAAUGGUACAACCAAACCCUACCAUCAUGCAGCACAACCUGAAUUUUAUUCAACCAAGCACAGCAAUGGUGCAACCAAACCUGAACCUGGUGCAACCAAACUUGAAUCUGGCACAACCAAACUUGAACCUGGCACAACCAAACCUGAACCUGGCACAACUUAGCACAACCACAAUGCAACCAAACACUGGCAAUGCCUCCUUACUAGAUGAUCUGGUUGUAGGUGGUCAACCAAGCUCAACCAGCAACCCCCUGAGCCCAACAACUGGGUUGAUGCAACCACAACCUGCAUCUGGGCUGCUGCAACCAACUGCAAAAGUCUGCAAAUUCAAGUUCUUUCUCACAUCUGGCGAAAGCCAAUCACCACCUUACACAACUGGCAAUCCCAAACGACAUUCUGUUGCCAAUGCGUCUUCGAGUAUUGAAGCUUCGUUGCCAGAGUCUUUGAAUUUAGGCAUAAACGACUCAUCCAUGGAUGCAGGUAUGAAUGACUUAUCCAUGGAUGCAGGCAUGAAUGACUCGUCCAUGGAUGUAGGUAUGAAUGACACAUCCAUGGAUGUAGGUAUGAAAGCCACAUCCAUGGAUGUAGGUAUGAAUGACACAUCCAUGGAUGUAGGUAUGAAUGACACAUCCAUCAUCCCUGCACAAGCGCUGCUAAGGAGCGUGGAUGUUUGGACACAGAACGCCCUCAAGAACAGCCUCGAGAGGGUGGCUGAAGCGCUGGCAUCCACCACUCUGGAUGUGGAUGAUGAUGGCGAUGAUAUCACACCCACAAUGGAUGAGUUCGACAUGAGCCUGGAUGAUAAAUUCCUUGACAGCUCUGAAGAAGAUUCCCCUACAUCUGUACCUUAUGAAACUUUGUUUUCGGCUGAACUUGAGGAUGAUCUCAAUGAAUUCAUGGCCUUGGAUGUAGCCGAAAACUUGCUCGAGUUUGCGGGAUUUGUUGAGAAAUUUUCAGCUUAUUUACCGGGACCGUUGACUCUGGAGAAGUAUUCUGGUGUUGACCCGUUGAACAUUAAGCAAAUAAUGUUUAAACGCACUGGAUAUGUGGCAGUGCUCAACAAAUGUAUUAGUUUUCUUCGUAAUGUACGUUGUAACCAGCGCGCUUGUGUGACAAGGGACACCAACCAUUCGACUCAACAAUCCUCGUGUGAUGCUAAACCAAAUGCGAAUCGAAAAGCUGGAAGAGGGAAAGAUGAAGAAAUUCGCCAUGAAAUUACAAGCAAAGUUGAUGCUAGUCCUGAGAUCUGUUCGGAAUACUUGUGUGAUGAAAUCAAUUCUGAUGCGAACUCGAGACCAAAGGCAGAUUCCUCGUUAAUAUCUACCCCUGACUCAUAUCAAACAACCGAUUCGUGUUUGAAAUCUGGAAGCCAAAUUCAAACGUCCAUCAAUGAUGUUGCUAUGGAUGAACCGAAACCAAGCUCUCAAGAUGAUACAGAAAUUGAACCCUCUGACCCUAUCUCUAAGGGUCAUUCUUUGGGCAUAGGACUUGAAAAGCAACCUACAUCAUCUGUAUCAAGCAAAAGAGAGAUCUCCCCAGCGUGCGUUAUAUGUGCAACCAGGCAGUCGGUAAAUUAUUUUAUAUUAAAUGGAUAUUUCGAGGAGUACUUUCCUCUAAUCCUAGACGAACCAAACCUCGGCCUCUUUGUAAGUGUUCUGCAUGGCAUCGUCAAGAGUUGGACCAUCGCUGACGUUCUCCUACGGUUUUCGAAAAUGGAAUCUACCCUUCCUUCGAGAAUGUAUUAUCCAAAUACUUCCAUCGCUAACGGCAUCUCGAAAGACAAACAGGGCAUUAGCAAUGGUGCUUCUGGUCCUCCAUUAGAUACUAAUGGGAUCGGUUUGCCUGGACAAGAAGAUUUGGGUAGAAUCUCCUCUAGUUCGGCAGUUGGUGUGAGUGGUCCGCUGGAAAUCGGUAGUGAUUGUCAGAAACUAUCUAACGGCGAUAACCGAGAAACGGAACCUGCUGGUCGAUUUCCGAGACUGACGGCGCCAUGUCCCAGUUCGGUUGGAUGUCUACCGUCCAGCGUGGUCUGGAACGACCUUAUCGCCAGAAUUGCUUCUCUUCCUGAUAAAGUAGCGAACGCAAUGCAGAAACAAGCUCCAGAAGCAUUUGAAACGAGGACCUUUUAUCGCCACGUCGGCUAUUGCUGCCUAUUGGCGAUGUUCGACUCGUGUACUGGGCUGAAGAAUGGAAUUUCUUGCAAUUUGACUCCCAUUGCGUCGCUCAUCCUAAAAAUUUCAGCUCGGGCGUACCCGGAGGACAUUAUGGAGCCACUGGUUACCUGGAUACCGCGUUACUGCAUUCUAGACCCCGCCCUCUUGCGGGUAACCCACGCACUCACGACCAAGUUGCUGCAAGGGUAUUCCAAAGAUCGUAUUCUGAGAUACGUGGUCUCUCACCCUACCAUGACACCACGUAAACUCUCCCUACUUCUGGGCUCUGACUUCUUAAGUGAUAACGCUUUAGAGCAUCUACUUUGUCGGCACAUGCUAGUGAAUGGUACCUGUACCGACGAUGAAUCAGUGGUUCUUAUCGUGAGAUUUUUGGCUGAACUUCAUGACAACCACGCGUGUCUGAAAUCAACAUCGAAACACCUAAUGUCACUGUUCGCUAACCCCAGUUUCUCCACGCACACACCUUUUACAUACCAGGUGAACGUGUGUCGUUCUCUUAUCCUCUGUUUCACGUGUCUCACUGACGAUGAUGUCAGCGAUAUUAAAUCUGAAGCGCUGCCUAAACUUCUUCAAGGCGUUGCCAGCUGUUUGGAUUCUACUGACGUUGUAUUGAGGUCCGUUGCAAUGAUGGUUGGUGAACGCGUAUCGCAAAUACUAAGCAAAGACGGGCCGCAGUUGAAGUUUCCGUACCCUGAUUGUGAAGUAAUAGUCAGGUUACGAAGGCUCGUUGAUGUUGUGCAAGAAGAAAACGCAGAUUCGGCCAAAAGUGAUAAGGUCGAUGAAAAGAAUAUGAAAACAAAAUUACCAGGAAGUGAUGGAGACGAAACAAUAGAUUCUUUGAACCGAGAACUCUAUAUGGAAAUGUGUAACCUGCCGAGAGGGAGAAUCCAACAUUCAUUAGAUGAUGAAACCGCUGUUGGACGUGAGGAUUCAUCAGAUGAAGUUGACUCAACUCACGACGACUCAGACGCCAAGGACUCUGAGAUCCUCGACAGCGAUGACGAUGAAUUUCCACCGUACGACAUGAGUAACGAUAAACCUAAACUGCGUGUUCCGUUACCAUGUUAUCCCCAGGAGGUGCUUGAGUACCUCAUUGAGGGCGACUGUGAUAAGACCGAAGCUGCACUUGCAGUUUCAGAAUCAAUCAUACGCAGGGACAUGGACAAACAAGACCCUGAGCUUGCCGUGGAGUUGUCGAACGUGUUGUUGAAUCUUGAUAACCAAUUCAACAUUGAUGACUUUGUUGCUAAACGUCAAGCCUCCCUCACGGCUCUAACCGUAAGCCAGCCCCGGCAAUGUGCUCGGUAUCUCUCAAGCCAGUUCUACGAACGGAACUAUAAUUUGCGUCAGAGAUAUGAUGUUCUUCUAACCAUGAAACAAGCUUCGACGCAACUUGCAUUAGGAGGGAUAACUUCUUCCAUCCACGAUCCUCUGUCGCGGAUUACCAUCACGGGAAAUGGUAAUCGGGCUACCAGCAAUACUACUCAACAUGGGUCAUUAUUAACCGAUAGUAGUCGAAUCCAAGAUACCAUUCCAAGGAAUGAUGAUAUAAAUGAUGAUUACUUGUUGGAUUUACGUGCGGUUACAUCGGUGCCGGAGCUGCGAAGGCACGCCCAAGCACGACGAUCCAGAAGUCGCGGUAAAAACAACUUUGCUGAAGUCGCCGUUGAUUUCUUUUACCCACUUCUAGAGGGUAUAGGUAUCUCUGAGCCCCACCUAGACUUACUUAAUCGUGACAAGUCCUUAUUAUGUGAUCUCAUCGUCACUCUAGGCAUGAUCGUGUUCUCAGCCGGCGAUGGACCACACACCCGUAAGAUGGUAUCCUCUUUUCUUGGUACCACUUCAUUGAUGGUUCAGAACCACUCUGAUGCUACCGUGCGUUCUGCGUACCUGCAGUCUCUUGCUCUGGUGCUCAAUUCAACUAAUAACCUCGCUGUUGUUCUCACUUUUGAUGAAAUCAACAACAUCAACGAAUAUCUCAGCGUUGUCCUUGAUGCUUCACAUGAGAGAACUGAUAAUAAAGUGAUGGCCGCGUCCAUUUUGAUGGCCAUCAAAGAUACCGUCAGCGAGAACAUCAAGAGUUUCAUAACAACGUCUGAUGAUGUCAAUAUUGACAUAAAAAUACCUCGUGUUAAUUUGUAAACAUGUUAUAUUAUACACUGUACACUCGUUAAAAUUAAGAGACUUUGUCCAAAUAGCGAUGCAGUAUUCUUGCCUGUGCUUGGACUAUCCUGACCCAGUUUUGCCCGGCAAAAGUACGUAUCUGU